UGGACUAGAAGGAGGGAGGGGGGGGGGGCUUUCCUUUUUCUUGGGGCAAAUCUAAAAUCAAUCUGUUUUGUAGAUGGUUUUACGCGCGUGGUUUUGGACGCGCACUGGCACCGAUCUUCGGAAUUUCACGAGAGAUGGAACAUGCUGUUAUUUGAAGUGAAUCACUUCUGACCGGGUUCACAAAGUACUUGUGUGUGUGUUUACAUUGACCACAUCCAGACCGGUACGGCUGUUUCUCAAUCCAUCACGAGCACUUGGGUACAUGUUUGCGUUAGAGCUUAUAAUGUUUCCCCCGUCGUGUUUGUCCUGAUGUGCACUUUGGCUGCAGUCGGGCUCAUAGAGGACGGACCGGUUUGUUGGCACGCUGCUCGCUGAGGCUACAGGUCCGAACAUGAUGAUUAAUGUCUGCAGGUUGCACCACGAUCAAGUUUGGACUCUGGGACAGUUUCUCUUUCCUCUGUUUUUACUUUUCUUAGGACACAUCUUCGUUUGUUAAAGCUUAACUUUGAGCUGAAGCCAUCUUCUUUUACAGCCUGACACACUUACAAAAAAAAAAAGAAAGUGGGUCAGGUAAAUAAGAUAAACAACAUGUUAGGUUUCUGAUCAAAUGGGUCAAACACGGACGUGGUGGGGAAACAUGUGAUGAUGGAAAAAGAAGAAACUCACACACAAUGUUUUUUACAGUUGAGACCAUUGAUGCGUGUCUGGUGUGACCACAGGCCCUGACUCAAUCCUCUCUCUCUCUUUGUGUGUGUGUGUGUGUGUGCGUGUGUGUGCGCGUGUGUGUGUGACCGCGCCUUGCAAGUCUGCACAAACAGCGCACCACUGAAACAGGAAAGGUGACAUUUCUGAGUAACAACUGGCGAGAUCCGACUUCAGACUGUACUGUCUGUACCUGUCCUGUGCACUCGCCGGCCUAGCCCUGGCAGGUGGCUCCGGUCCAGGCAUCAAGAUGCCACUGUUAUGGCGGAUGGCACCGGCAUACCAGAAGACCCUACUCCUCCUCCUCCUCCCCCUCCUCCUCCUCCACAGGUCCAGGCCCCCAGUGAGGGCCGCGACCUCCUGACCUGCGGCAAGUGCAGCCAGGCCUUCCCCCUGGCCCACAUCCUGGCAUUCAUCCAGCAUAAGCAGGGCGGCUGUGGCUUCCGAAGCCAAGCCACGAACGCCACCACCACGCCCCCCUCACCUGCCAACCGAACACAGCAGCGUGUCACCAACGCCAAGCUGGGGCAGGGCUUCAUCGAGCUGAGGCGAGGGGCGGCCGGGGACCAAGUCUGGGGGGAGGAGCCUGGCGUGAAGGCGGAACCCAGCAAAGCAGUGCCUGAGGAGCCGUCCUACUUCACCUGCCAGCAGUGUGAUGGUGUGUUUCCGUCUGCCUGGGCGCUCCUACAGCACGCUCAGCACACACACUUCCUCAGCAUCUACCAGGAGGACAUGGAAGACGCCAUGGAUAUGAGCGGUGGAGAAGGUUUCAAAGAGCACAAACCAGCUGCAGCCACUCUGGACCCACGUCACCUGAGCCAAGCUCUUGCGUCAGCCUUUCAGCCUUCCGCCCUGCGCCUCGGUCGCUCCCGUCAGACACACACCUCCUCCUCCAGUAACCUGCAGGCUCUGAACUUUUCAGUGCGGCUCAGGGAGCUCGCCGAAGGGAAUAACAGCACCACUGGCAGCUCACCCGAAGGGCUGAUGCUGUCUCCAUCCUCCUCUCCACCAGCAGCGUCUCCCUUUCCUCGGGCUGGCAUCCUCCAGGCAGACCUCCAAUGUGAGCUAUGUAACCAGAACUUCCAGUCGCUGCACGCCCUGUCCACCCACCGCCGGACACACGCCUGCGCAAGGCCCUAUCACUGUGGAGUGUGCGGGCAGGCCUUCUCCCAGAGCGGCCAGCUGGCCCGUCAUAUAAGGAGCAAUCACAGAGAUGCUGGAGGAAGUGGAUAUGAGUCGGUGGACACGGCCAUAUUAGAGGAGGAGAUAGGAAGACAGGGGAUGAGAGGGAGGUUUCAAACACAACCAGCUGGAAACAUGGGAAAGGAUGUGAGGGCCCAGGGCCCCUCUGAGCUGGACCUGACCAUGCCCAAACACCCCUCCAUGGCUUCAGGCCUGAUGCUGCUGACAUCACAGGUUAGACCGCCAGACAGGGAGCUGCUGCGGCUGUACCAGCGCCCGAGAGAGGCAGGAGAGGUAGGGGAGGAGGAGGCAGAAGGCCAGGGGGAGCCCCAGCACACCUCGCCAUGCGCCAGCCCCUCUGAAGGCUCACUGGAGAGCGGAGAGACGGGGGGCAGCGGGGAGAGCGGCAUCGCCAGUGGCAACUGCACGCCCAAACGCCCGGAGAUGGGCGACAGAGUGCGAGGCGCUGGAGAGUGGGAGAAUGAAAGAGUUGAGAUCAUUGAGCAGGAGACGGAAUGGAGCUCAGCCAAAGUCAGCGAGGCAGUGCAGGAGUGGCAGCGGGAGAACGAGCGCAGGAGCGUAGUGGGAGGUGUUGGCGUCGCUGUGAACAGCAUCAACACAACGGCUGGUUCAGCCAGUAAGAAAAAGAAAGACGAGGCCUGCGAGUACUGCGGAAAACAUUUCAGGAACAGCAGCAACCUGACCGUGCACCGCCGCAGCCACACGGGUGAGCGGCCGUACCGCUGCGGCCUCUGCAACUACGCCUGCGCCCAGAGCUCAAAGUUAACGCGCCACAUGAAGACCCACGGCGCCCAGGGGGCUAAAGCUUCCUUCUUGUGCCAGCUGUGCAGCGUGCCCUUCACCGUCUACGCCACUCUUGAGAAACACUUGAAGAAAGUGCACGGCCUGAGUCACGGCAGCGUCGGAGCGUACGCGCAGGCCAGCGCUGCCGAAACUUUGGCUGCGAUAAAAGCUGAAGAAGAAGCAGUGGGGGUGAAAGUGGAGGAGGAUGAAGCCAGUUUGGAUCAGAUAGAAAUGGAGAGCAAAGCGGAGGUGAACAUGGAGCUGGAGGAGGGCCAGAUCCAAGCAGAAUAUACGGAGAGCGGGAGUCCGGCCAUAGUGAGCACACUCCCACCUGAGGGCAGUGCAGCAGUGAGCUCGGCUGUGUGAGCUGUUCACACCGGAGACAUUAACACAACA